UAAAACUAUUUUUGUGUUUUGAAAAUAAUACAUAAUAAAAUAAAGUCUAAUAAGUAAAAUCCAAAUUUAGAACUUUUUUUCCUAAUUAAAACAAAAUAAAAUAAAAACAAAAAAUAUUUACAAAAUUAUAUCAGAAUCUAAUAAAACUUCUCAAAAUCAAAAUUUGUUUCUUCUUUACAUAAAAAAAUCUGCCUUUUCUUCUUCUGUCGAAACCUAUAAUCCCAAACUCCCAAACCCACUGGUAUUCUCAAAAAUCAAGAGCACACACUGUUGUGGGUGGUCGGUUCUCCAGCUUCCAUUACCGGCGACGAUGUAGCUGUGCGGUUUGUGCUGGCGUCAAAGGAUUUUUCUUGUUUUGCUGCCUUCGCAAUCGUCAGGGGCUCAUCGUUGAGUGAACCAGGGGCUGGUUAUUGUUGUGGGUGGUCGUUUCUUCAACUUCCACUACGAGGUGAAGACCAUGGUGAAAAUCAGAGGAGAAGAUGACAAUCCUCCGAAUUACGGAAAUGAUGAUAACCUUUUCACUGUUGAGCUAUAUUAUGGUGGAAUGAAAAUGGUCAAUAUGCAAGAAGAAUCCAUUCAGGAAAGUCAAGAAAUUGAAGAUGACGCACCUUUCACACAACCUAACACACAACAAGUUGAAAGAGUGGUUGAACCAUUACAGCAAGUUGCACCUGAUUAUGAAGCACCAAUUGAGGUAUCAGAAGUGGUUAGAAGACAACAAGAUGACUUUGAGAUGCGAGAGGCAGAAUAUGCCGGUGAACCAGAAAUUGAAAGAGAGAAUGCAAGGGAGCCAGAAACUUACAAUUGGUGGUCAGCAAGACUAUUGCAAGCAACUAUUGGAAACAAACCCUGGGAGUACUGCAAAGAUUCAAACUAUAUUGGUUGAUGGUAAAAGAGUUUUUGAGAAGGUUUACAUAUGUUUAAAGGCAUGUAAGGAUGGUUUCAUAAGGGGUUGCAGGAGGCUAAUUGGAUUAGAUGGUUGUCAUUUAAAAGGCUAUUGCAAAGGAAUUCUAUUGGCUGCCAUUGGGAUUGAUGGAGCAAACUCAAUAUUUCCAAUUGCAUAUGCAGUGGUUGGAAAAGAGACUACAGAAAGCUGGACUUGGUUUUUGGAGCUGCUGAAAGAAGACUUGCAUCCCACCAAUCCUUGCAUAUACACGAUGAUGAGUGAUAGGCAAAAGGGUUUGCAAAAUGCAGUGGACAAGAUUUUCAUUGGUUCUGAUGGUCGUUUUUGCGUGAGACACAUGCACGGUAAUUUUAAGAAAGAUUUCCCUGGACUUCUGCUAAAACAAAUGUUGUGGGCUGCAGCAAGAGCCACAACCCUAGCUGACUUUGAAAGAAAAAUGAAGGACUUGAAAGAUGUUAAUGAGGGAGCUUACAAUUGGCUUGCUGGAAAGAACCCAUUUGAGUGGAGUAAAUCACACUUCAAAGAAUCUGUGAAGUGUGACAUGUUGCUUAACAAUAUCUGCGAAAGUUUCAAUAGUGCAAUCUUGAAUGCAAGGGAUAAACCAAUUGUAACUUUAUUGGAGUCAUUGAGGCUUUGGCUGAUGCGUAAGUUUACCAAAAAUAGGGAGAAUGUGGGCAAGUGGAAGAACCCUGUGCAUAACAAUAUCAUGAAGAUAUUGGAUAAGCAAAUGGAAAUUUCUGCAUAUUGCUCUGUUGAACGUGCAAAUGCUACAAUGUUUCAAGUAACCAUGAAUGAUGGAAAGCGCCUAAUUGUUGAUUUGGAUACACACACAUGCACAUGUAGAAGAUGGCAGCUGACAGGACUUCCAUGUGGACAUGGUUUGGCCACAAUAUUUUUUGCCAAACAUGAAGUGUGGGGUUAUAUUCACUCGUGGUACCACAAAGCAACUUACAAAGCAGCUUACGAAGGUACAGUGGGCCCAGUGCCAAGCCCAGACAACUGGCCAAACAAAGGAAGUAAUCCUAUACUACCUCCACAUGAAAACAACCUCCCCGGAAGGCCAAAGAAGAAAAGAAACUUGAGUGCUAAUGAGCCACCCCCUGCUAAUGCAAUCAAGCUUAGUAAAAAAGGACAGCUUAAUCAUUGUGGUAAUUGUGGACAAGUUGGACACAGUAGAAGGACAUGCAAGAAUGAAGCCGAACAUACGGUUGAGAAGAAAAAGGGAGGGCGCCCGCCUGUCAAAAACCCAACUAAAGAAACAAUCAACAGGAAGAAAAGAAAAGAAAGACAAAAAGCUAGGGAAAGUGCUGCUCAAGGACCUCAACUGUAGCUUCUUAAAAGAUUAUGAAUUGUGCAAACUUAUUUGAUGUAUAACCCUAAAUUAUGUAGCAUUUUGAUCGUUUGGGGUAGUUUUUUGUAAAGUUUUCAAGGAGAUUAUGAUAGUCAUAACAUACUAUGAGACACAAGUUAUUUUUUGUAAAGUUUUUCAGGAGCUAAUACGCUGAUAUGUGUUAGAUCAAGCUGUAUAUCCCUGAAUCAUGUAAUAUUUUGAUCAUUCGGGGUAGUUUUUUGUGUAACAUUCAAGGAGAUUAAGAUAGUCAACAUGUUGCUUUUUUGUAAAACUUUUCAGGACCUAAUAUGUAUUAGAAUAAUUAUACUUUGGCAAUAUGUUUUUCCAA